AUGAAGAAGAAGGCAGUGUCGAAGAUCGCUACGGGCAGGCUUGCGAAGUCUCGAGUCUUCAAUGGCGCGAAGGCGGGGACGGCUGAGAGCUCACGGAACGAUCAGAACCUCAUCGCAUGUGAUAGCAGCUACCGGGAGAAGACUACGGGUGGUCUGCAGAAGGCCAACCUGAUGAAGAACAAGCGCGGCAAGGUCGUCAGCAAGAAGAUGCACGCCAAGGGGAAGUCAAUCCAGAAGUUCGUGCAGGGCUGGCUCAGCGCAGUCGCGACGGCCAGAAAGGAGCUGGGCAUCAAGGGCUUUUGUGUGAUCGGCGGCAAGAGCGCUCAGGGGAAGGCGCUCUAUGCCAAGGCCAAGGCGAUUUAUGCGCAGCUCCAGGCAUCGGCUGACAAGGUCACCGGCCGGAAGGCGUUCGGCCCUCUGGAAGGAACCUUGAAGAAGUUCAUGGAUGGAAAGGGCUUCGGCUUCAUCGAGAACUCUGAUGGUUCUGGCGAUGUUUUUGUGCACUUCUCACAGCUGACCAACGGUGGCUCCGACGACAUGAUUGUCGGGACAGAGAUGACCUUCGACAUCGAGGAAGAUGCUCGAAGUGGCAAAACCAAGGCCACCAACGUGACCUUGUCGGGCGGCGGCAGUGGUGGCGGUGGUGGCGGUGGUGGCUAUGACUCCGGAUACUCCAGCAAGGGCAAGGGCAAGGGCAAGGGCAAGCGCUACGACCCGUACUGCGUUGUUCCCGUGUUUCCGAAGACACACGCAGAUCUGACUAGGAUGGGCGCAGUAUUCGAGUCGAGGUCGCGCGUGGCCGCCGCGCACGCGGAGCCGGACAAGCCUCCCUGGCAUGCCCUUCUCGAACAGAAUUUUGGCUCUGCCUUCAGCACACGAGGACUGGACGGAAGGAUGGAUCGGGGCUUCCGCUCCAACCGUAAGCCACAGAGCAUCCCUGGCAAAAUCGUUGCCAUGGGUGGAGGGCCUCUGUGGCCGAUGGCUGGUUUCACCCCGCCUCGCCGGCGCCGGCUGCGGUUAAGGGCCAGAGCACGUGCCUGCGAGUUGAAGUUGGAGAGGUCAUCUCUGUCCGAUUCCAACGCUGCGAGCUAUGCCACGAGCCUGUCGACUGCCUCGGAGAAUUUUGAUUCAUCUCUGAAGGCGCUGCUUGCGGAAGUGGAUCAGCUUCGCGAGGAGCACAACACGCUGUGCGACUGCCUGCGUGCGAAGGGCGUGUUGACCAGCCAGGACCUGGCGCACCAGAGUGCCCGGAGGCUGCAGGCCUCGACAUUUCAGAGCCUGUGCCGAAGCCCGGCUGCUGUGCGCUCGGUGGCCGAGGCGCUGGGCCCAAACGUCCUGGCCCUCGCCGCGGCUUCUCCGAACGCCGCCUCGGCAUGCAGGUCCACGUUCCUCAUGCAGCCACCCGAGCAACCCGAGGAGGAAGCACCCAGGCUAGCCGAUGAGGAGGCACCGCUACCGACCGGGCGAAGUCCGGCAGAUGCCUCCAAUGAUGCCUUGGUCGAGAAGGUUUCGGGGUGUGCCACUGUGUCGAGCAAGCCGGCGCUGUCCAGCAGGCUCUUCGCGCGCCUGAUUGGGGUGGUCUGGCGCGCUGAGGAGCGGGAGCGACCGGCCAGCUCUGCCAUGCACCUGAAAGAGGUGGUCCGAAGUCUGGGCCACCUCGCGGGCGCGACGACGGCCUUCAAGCUGUCGGAGCUGUGCCGAUGUACCGCAGACGCGUUGCGGCCUGUGCUGCCCCUCAUCUGUCAGGAGGCACCCUCCAUCUAUGUCUGUGGGGGCAGCUGUGGCAUUGCGAUGGACUCGGCGGAGCGCUUCAAUCCGAGGACCAAGCAGUGGGAGAUGCUACCCUCCAUGUGCAUGCCGCGGCGCGCCUGCGCUACCGCAUCUGCGGGGGGAAAGUUCUACGUCCUCGGGGGCGUCGACGUGCCACGCUUUGGUAGCUUGGAAGAGUCCCAGCAGGAGUGGAUGUUUCAGGACAAAUACAGCCCAGAAUGCUUUGAUCCCGUCUUGAAUCAGUGGGAGUUGCUACCGCCGAUGAAUCGGCCCUACACGCAUGCAGCCGCUACUGCCCUGGGCAGCUUCAUCUACGUGUUCGGGGGCCUAAGCUUCGGCCACGUCCUGGACCAGGCACAGCGCUUCGACCCAGUCAAGCGGCAGUGGGAGUGCUUGGAACCCAUGCCCACGCCUCGCUUCGAAUGCACCGCCGUGGCGAGCAAGGGGCGAAUCUACGUGCUUGGAGGCUCGAACAUCUGUGGUGAGCCCCUGGGCGUGGUCGAGUGCUAUGAGCCGGCCUGUGGGCAGUGGAAGCACCUCCCUGACAUGCGCCAGGCCCGGUAUGGCUGUGCUGCUGCUUCUCUCCAAGGUAUGGUCUACAUCUUUGGCGGCCACGGCUUCUGGGAGAACUUGAACGACGCGGAGUGCUUCGACAUCGAGUCCGAGAGGUGGUAUCCCCUGCCGCCCUUGCCUGCGCCAAGAACUCACUGCGGCGCCGCGGUGGCCAGCGGGGCGAUCUAUGUCUUCGGGGGCCACACGAAUGGACAGGAUAUUCUCACCAUCGACUGCCUAGAUCCCGAGUCUGGCUGUUGGCAGGUCGUUGCUCACAUGCUGAAGCCACGCAGCCACUGCCUGACCGUCACAGUCCAGGCGUAG